AUGUUCGCUGUUCCGACAAGACGACCAGAAUUUUUCGAACCUUCUACCAAAUGUAUCGUUGAGUCUACUCGAGUAACAAAGAUCACAUAUGGUAGCCGUGGUGGAAUCAACUAUGAUUCUUUGAAUCCCGAGCAUUCGAAACGCUCCCACCUGCCAGUUUUAACUUCUAUUUCUGGUGUCAAGCAUUUAGGCGGCAGUAUCUUCUGGGUUUUAUUGCCAAGUUGCCAACCAACCGAAACGGAGGAGUUUAGGCGAGCCCAUUGCUGGGAGUUUGACAACUUGAGCCGGUUGUCAACUGCUUCGACGGCAGUUUGGGGAUACGAGGAGACCAUUUUGGAUGCGGCUUUUAUGGAUCUAAACACGUACUAUGAGUUGAUCAUGCUGUUCGGUGGUACGGAGUUGAAGGCGUGGCUUGCGUGGAAGGAAAAUGGUGUGGAGAGGCGAAGUGCUGCGAAUUUGAUUGUGUGUUCUGGUUGA